GGGGUGGGAGGAGGAUCUAUUGGCUUCAAUCUUGGUCUGGGACUGUUCAAGCUGCAGGGAUCCGACCGAGGGGCAUAGUAUUUGAAGAGGUACCAUUGGAACAUUUCACUCAUAUUUCUUGGAGUUACAAUUGUUGUUGUUUUUGUUGUUUUAGAAGCAAAUGCUUGAGCGGAUACGUCCCUCCUCCGUAGCCUUCUCUUCUGGCCACGCUCGGGUGCAAACAAGAAGGCAGCCGAAAGGUAUUCAGUCCAAAUUAACAGGUCCCAAGUCACUAGAACGCUGUUUCUCGAAGAGAAACCAUUCCAAGUACCCAAGGAUGUUAGACGGUAUAAAGAUUGAAGAUAAUCCCCAUCGUCAAGCUACACUUGGAGUCAUGCUUGGGACAGAAUACCAUCACCGAUCUGUAUGUGAAGGAUGCCAGCGUCCAAUAUCUGACCGGUUUCUGAUGAGAGUCAACGAUUCCUCAUGGCACGAGGAGUGUUUGCAGUGCGCUGUGUGUCAACAACCUCUCACUACCAGUUGUUACUUCCGGGAUAGGAAACUGUACUGCAAACAUGACUACCAACAAUUGUUUGCCGCCAAGUGCAGUGGAUGCCUGGAGAAGAUCGCCCCCACAGAGUUUGUGAUGCGUGCUCUGGAGUGUGUAUACCACCUCAACUGCUUUUCCUGCUGUGUGUGUGACCGGCAGCUGAGGAAAGGGGACGAAUUUGUCUUGAAGGAGGGCCAGCUGCUGUGUAAGAGUGACUAUGAGAAGGAGAAGGACCUGCUCAGUUCUGUCAGCCCGGAUGACUCCGACUCAGAGAAAAGCGACGAUGGGGAUCUGGGUAUCAAGCAGGAGAAAGGCACCGGAGGCCAGGGCAAGGGCGAUGAUGGGAAGGACCCCAGAAGGCCCAAGCGACCCCGCACCAUUCUGAACACUCAGCAGAGACGAGCCUUCAAAGCCUCCUUCGAGGUGUCCUCCAAGCCCUGCAGAAAGGUAAGGGAGACCCUAGCUGCUGAGACAGGCCUCAGUGUUCGUGUGGUGCAGGUGUGGUUUCAAAACCAGAGAGCCAAGAUGAAGAAGAUGGCAAGGAGACAGCAACAGCAACAAGAACAACAGAAUUCUCAAAGGCUUGGCCAAGAGGUGAUGUCCAAUCGGAUGGAGGGCAUGAUGAACUCCUUCACGCCACUGGCCCCGCCCCAGCAGCAACUGGUUGCUAUGGAUCAGAACGGCUACAGUACAGACCCCUUCCAGCAGGGCCUCACUCCCCCACAGAUGCCCGGAGACCACAUGAACCCAUAUGGUAAUGAUUCAAUUUUCCAUGACAUAGACAGCGACACAUCUUUAACCAGCCUCAGUGACUGCUUCAUGGCAUCUUCAGAAAUGAACAUGCAAGCACGUGUGGGACCCAUUGACCGACUCUAUUCCAUGCAGAACUCUUACUUUGCAUCAUGAAAGAAUCACAUACAGAAAUUAUAUUAUGUAAUAUAGCAGAUCAUCCACAAACUCUGCUUCUCGCCUUCCUCAACUGCCUCACAUCAAGGAGUUUCCACACUGCUAUGGACAAGACAGAAGCAACGACCUGUUCCAAUGACUCCUGGAUCAUGUGCAGACAAUGGACACAAAUAGAGAAAAAUAGUUUCUCAACAGUGGAGAUUCCCUGGGAAAAAACAACCAUUUUCUUUUUUUUUUCUAGAGAUUAUUGGUAACAUAUUUGUAUAUUACUGCCAGAAAAGUUGCACACCUUUCUUUGUCAACAAAAAGAAAAUCAACCGAUUUUAAAAAUGCAAACCAAAUACGACAGGCCCACCAGUUAUCAUAAUGCAUGACUUCAUAGUUAAUCGUAUGGCCAUAAAACUGAAAAACCCAGAAAAAAAAACUGUGAGUUGUUGAGAUGUGUCCACUUUAUAAUGCAUUCAGCAUUAGCAUUUUGAUCACAUUGAUAGUUUUAGCCCUAAAGAGAAGACAUUGUGUUCAUAGUAAAUAGACAGUGUGUUCACAAGAGACAAUGUGGGUAUGUGUGUGUGUAUUUGAGUAAGAGUGUGUGAGAGAUAUAAACAUUCAGAAAAAUAAAGAUGCAUUGUGGUGUCCGUUUGGUGUAAAUACUUUCCCAAGCAGAUUGGUUGUGCAUGUUAAAAUGGAAAACAUUCUAUUUAUUUAACUAUAACAUGCUCUUGAAGGUACUUAUGAAUCUGAAAAGCUUUAUUUAAACAGGAGAACAUUUUGUUAUGUAAUUAGUGAGUACAUGAUUAUCACAAUUCAUUUGUAUGCCAUUUAAUUAUGAACCAUAACCCUUUUUUCAGACUGGCUGUAAAUGAGCAAAAUUGUGCUAUUUAUUUCAUACAGACUUGAGACCAUGUCAAAUGUCAAUUUUCAAUUGUUAAGAAAUUGCUAAAUUACCAAAGUCGAUUGGUUCAUUGAAUAAACAAUAUUUCUUCUCCUGA